UUCUAUUAAAAGUCUCUCUCUCUCUCUCUCUCUCUCUCUCUCUCUCUCUCUCUCUCUCGCCUCUUCGUCUUCGUCUUCGUCUUUCUCCGAUUUUUCUCCCAGCUCAAACCGCCGGCCAUGGCGGCGUCUCAGGCCAACAUGGAGAAGAUGCAGGUCCGCCAGAGCUACCGCAACCUCUGGCACUCCGACCUCAUGGGAACUCUGCAGGCCGAUACUCGCUAUUGUUGCUUCGCUGCGUUCUGUGCCCCGUGUGCAUCAUACUUACUCCGGAAAAGAGCUCUUUACAAUGACAUGUCAAGAUAUGUAUGCUGUGCUGGUUAUAUGCCCUGCAGUGGUAGAUGUGGGGAAAGUAAAUGCCCUGAAUUUUGCCUGGCCACUGAGGUGUUUCUGUGCUUUGGGCAGUCAGUGGCUUCAACUCGCUUUAUGUUGCAAGAUGAAUUUAAUAUUCAGACAACACAGUGUGACAAUUGCAUCAUUGGUUUCAUGGUCUGCCUACAACAAGUUGCAUGUAUUUUCUCCAUAGUUGCUAUGCUCGUUGGAAGUGAGGAAAUCUCACAGGCGUCUCAGAUAUUGAACUGUUUGUCCGACUUGGUGUACUGCACUGUGUGUGCAUGUAUGCAAACACAACACAAGAUUGAAAUGGACAAGCGUGAUGGCAUGUUUGGACCCCAGCCCAUGGCAGUGCCCCAGUUUCAGCAGAUGUCUCGCUUUGAUCAACAAAUUCCUCCCAAUGUUGGCUAUCCCCCUCAACCUCAACCAGCAUACGGGCAACCCUAUGGGUAUCCACCUCCUCAGCAUGCUCAAGGCUAUCCUCCAGCUGGAUAUCCUCCACCUGGUUAUCCAGGUUCUAAGUGAUUUGGCUCUGUUAUACAUUCAUUUGCAAUCUUUCCAGACUUCUAUUCAGCGUGUCAGUUUGCAAGUAUCGUUAGCGUGAAGUACCAACUUGUGUAUGUUUCAACCCUGGCACUUUUCUAAAAUUUUACUUGCAAGAGAUUUGACGGAUACAGGAAUGGAUGACCAAUGUGUCUGAAAUCAUGCGAAACAUAACAAAUAUAUUGAUGUGAUCACUUUUCAUUUUUUUUUCGAACAUAAAUGGUUGUUUAUAUGGAUUAUGGAAUUGUAGUACUUGGUAUUAUUUCUUGUA